AGCAAAGUGCACUAAAUCAUCAUCUGACCAACCAUUCUGUGUCCUCUGAGUUAAGUCAACGCUGCCCCGCUUGACACAGCCACAGCCAUGCCUGGUGAGGACAAACCACCGCAACAGAGCCGCCAGAGGAAAAAGAACAAAAAGUCCCGCUCCAAGGGGAAGAGCGCCGGUGGGAGUCCCAGCGCCCACCUGGGAGGCACCUUAGAUGGACAGGAUGACCUCAUCUUACCCCCAGUGCCUCAGCCUCCUCCGAAAAAGCAUGUGGAGGAGAGACCCAAAGUGCCUGUCGCCAAGUUGGAGGAGGAGUCGUCCGUUGCUAUCUGUCUUCAGGUGGUUUUCCCGUACCUGCUCGCUGGGAUGGGCAUGGUGAUGGCCGGCAUGGUGCUGGACAACGUACAGCACUGGGAGGUGUUUAAGGUGAUCACAGAGGUUUUUAUCCUGGUUCCUGCUCUGGUUGGACUCAAAGGAAACCUUGAGAUGACCCUGGCUGCUCGUCUCUCCACUGCUGCCAACACGGGACAAAUGGACGACCCUGAUAAACAGUGGACCAUGGUGUGCAGCAAUCUGGCGCUUAUACAGGUUCAGGCCACAGUAGUGGGUUUCCUCGCAGCAGUUGCAGCCAUUUGUUUAGGGGCCAUUUCUAGAGGAGGCGUCGAACUGGAUCAGGCAGCUGUCCUUUGUGCCAGCAGCAUCACCACUGCCUUUGUAGCUGCUCUGUCCUUAGGUCUGGUGAUGAUUGGAGUGAUCAUUGGCUCCAGGAAGGUGGGGAUCAACCCUGACAACGUGGCCACGCCUAUCGCUGCCAGCCUGGGGGAUUUAAUCACCCUGUCCCUGCUGGCUGGGGUCAGCAGCACACUCUAUGAAUAUAUAGAUAUAUGGUACCUGUCCCCCCUGGUGUGCCUGGUCUUCAUAGCUCUGAUCCCUCUCUGGGUGGUGGUGGCCCGACAGAGCCCUCAGAUCAGAGAGGUUCUCCGCUCAGGGUGGCAGCCUGUUAUCGUGGCCAUGUCCAUUAGCAGCUUCGGAGGCCUUAUACUGGACAAGACAGUGAGUGAUCCCAACUUUGAGGGGAUGGCUGUCUUCACCCCUGUCAUUAAUGGAGUGGGUGGUAACUUGGUGGCCAUUCAGGCCAGCAGGAUUUCGACCUACCUGCACUUCUGGAGCAUCCCGGGGGUGUUGCCCUACAAGAUGAGGCAGCACUGGCCCAAUCCCUGCAUCACCUUCCUCUCCUCAGGGGUGAACUCCAAGUCAGCUCGAGUGCUGCUGAUCCUGGUUGUACCUGGUCACCUGGUCUUCCUCUACGCCAUCUCUCUGCUGCAGGGAGACGAGGCUCCCAUCACUAUAGCCUUUACCGUCUGCUACCUGUGUGCUGCUCUGCUGCAGGUGGCGAUCCUCCUGUACGUCGCUGACCUCAUUGUCCGUCUGAUGUGGAGACGGAGCCUGGACCCGGACAACUUCUCCAUCCCCUACCUGACCGCCCUCGGGGACCUGCUGGGCACCGGCUUCCUGGCCCUCUGUUUCCGCUGCGUCUCAUUGGUUCACAGCUGGGGUCUAUAAAUUCGUCCCGUGAAGCCCCUGAACUCUUAGCCAGCCACCGUCUUAGCGCGACGACUUGUUGCAGUGACAGAAAUGCUUUUGAUUGGACAAUUUUCUGAUCUUCAUCACCGGGCCACUUCAUACCGAGGACUUCGUCUUCAUCACAAAUUCAAACAGCGGUGGAGAGACACCCAAACAUUGACACCCGUCCAUCAGGGGGAAGGUUUUUCUGCCUGAGCGCAUUCACGUUAACCAAACUAAUUCUUUUAUUUGAGAGCAAAAGACUUCUGUCCUUUGGAACAUCCAUUACAGCAUAUAGUUUGUAAUCAUUCCACAUGAUAUUUUCUCCUGCAGUAGCUCAGUUUAAUUUGGAUCCCUGUGUGGCCCCCUCAUCGCAGCAUAUCAGAGGAAUAUGUAGCAACUUAUCAUAGCAGUAAGACAACAUAGCAGCAUAUCGACUGUGGAGUCCGGUAGAAGUUUUAGGGGUUUUUUUUCUUCAAAUGGCCUUUACUGUGAACAUUUGGUCUGUUUGUGGACGUUCAUUUAACCUUGCAGAUAGACAGAAAAUCCCCGUGUUGGGGUGUGCUGUACUAUGCAUUAAUGCUGGACGCUACGGAGGCUGACAUAUCGUAUGCUAACUGGAAUUUUCCUGAAUGUCGAGUGUGGAAUCUUUUGUUUGGGAUGAAUGUUGUCUUCAUGCACACCGGAUUAAUUGCAACAGAAUGUUUUGUCACCUCAUGAAAAACAUCCCAUCUCCGUUAUUUAUCAUAGAAUGUACUUUAUCUAACCAAAACCCUCCAUUUUAAUGCUGUUUUCUUCGGAUUAUUUUUUGUUUUUUUGUGCGGUAGUGAGACGGACGGAGGAGUAGGGUUCGUGUUUAAGAACGGUUCGUUAGAGAACCUUUGACAAAAUGAGGUCAAGAGAACAGAACUGACCACAAAGACUGAGGAAGGGAAGUUCUUUAUAUCUAUAAAUGUGUUCACGAUCCCUACUUUGUAUGCUUCACCAAAUGACGCACAGAGCUAGAAUGACGAGUGGGAAAAAUGCACUUAAAGUUUUUCGUAAACGAAUUAUUUGAUGUUUUGGGAAAUAGACAAGAGUUACAUGAGAAGGUCAAAGACGCUUGUACACUGAUUAUGAAGCUACUAAUUAACACAAAUUGUUGCCCUGUGACCAGCCAAAAGGUUUCUCAAGGAAAUGAGAACAAACGUAUUUCCCAAAAUGUCAAACAUUUCUUUUUACGAUUUGGAGAACUGCAUCUAAAACCAACUUGAUGAGGCAACAACAGUCGUCUUCUGCACCCGAAUCCCUGCUCCUUUAAAAGAAACUCACCAAAACACCAAACAGGCACGUGUGAGAAUAGGAGGGACUUGUGCCGAGCCUCCAGAAGAUCCAAUAUGCAGACGAUGUAGUGCUUUUCGUUGCACAUACGUGAGGUAAAUAUAGUGUCAUCAAUUGACAACGUUACAGUAAGAAGUAUAAGCGAGGAGAUUGUCAAAUUGUACAUCAUAUUAAAAAUAGUUAAAUUCCCAAACACUUCAUCACCUGUGUUCCAGAAGACUGUGAAACCAGAAAAUGUGUCGUCGUACACCGUUCUCUACUUGUGUAGCGAGCUCAAAAUUGAAAAAAAUAUUUAGAAAUAUUUAAUUUAUUAAGAAUUUUGUGCCGCUGCUUGAUGUUAAAAAAAAGAAGAAAAAAAAAAACAGACAGCAGAGAACUCCUAUUAAUGUUUUCCAGUACUACAUGCUGCAGAGGAUCCUGGAUAUUCGGCCACAGAGGUUAGCAGUCCCUUUAAUGGAGUGUUGACGAAGCCUUAGUGUACCGUGUUAAGUUUCCCGAACCACAUAACCUCGUCAUCUAGCCGUGAGUGUGUAUACAUGCACACUCCUGAAGGUGUGUUCAGACAGAAAGCGAAAGCCUUGCAUCAUUCGCACCAAUUUGACCGCCAGAUAGUUCAGCUCGACCUCCGACUGAAUUCAGAACUCCCCCUCGUGUUCAGUUCUUGGUUCUACUCCCUCCUCUCCCCAGUUUCUUUCCCCUUUUGUCUCAUGCAUGCAUUAAGCAAAUUCUUAAUUUGCUCUGCUGAAGUGAUCUGAGACAUUUUCAGCCCGUGCAGAUGCUUUUGCGCCACCCUGGGGGACUUUGCAUGCAGUCUAAAAUUGGCCUCGCAUCCUGUGUGAACACAACACAACACUCUUAAUUCGUUUAGAAUCAUGUUAAAGCAGCCUGACAAGCAAAUUAGACACAUUUUCAUUCACAGUAAGUGACACAGGAUACUUAGUAAAAACUACUAAAAUCAGUUAUUUCAGAAACUGACUCCAUAUUACAGAUAUAUUAAUACAUUUACAUUUCUUGUGGGUCGUUCGUUUUGUUCUCCAAAAUUUACACUAUAUGUCAAAACAAGACUGAAACACAAACGUGUAAACGCACUCAUUAAAUCACACGGAACAUCGUUGCUGCUUCCUGUUAUACUAGUUGUACCAAUUUUUCUGAAAACAACCUGUCGUGUCAUCGACUGAAUAUUUACGUGGGUACUUGAGUACGACUAGCGCUUUGCUAAAAGCUCAUGUUGUGACACUGUUACACACUUAGAAGGUAAAUGACUUGUAGACCUGUACUUGAAUCACAGUUUAUUUCACUCGAAGCUUACUGUAGAAGUGUUAACUGUGAUACUGUGAGAAUUAGACCACAGCUAAGGUUGUGUUGCACCAGCAAAUAAGUGUACCGGGCUGGACGAUAAAACCUCAAAUCCGUGUCAUUAUCGGUUUGCACAUUGACAUAGAUAACGAUGAAUGUAACAAUACGCUUUAUCAGAGAAUACAUCCUUACUUUUUAUUGCCAUGAUUGUGUUUGCUCACUUCUGUUUGUCCUAGUUGUGUGCAGUGAUCUACAGACCUCUGGAUUAUCUGGUUAUACGUCUCUGGUUCUGUUAAAGUUAAUGGAUAGUUCAUUGUUUUUGGGAAAAAUGUUCAUCCAUUUGAUUGGGCGCCUUCCUUUGGAGGUGUUCCUGUUUCUGUUGGUGUUCAGAUUCAACAAAAAGCAGAUGUAAUGCAGUGAUUUAUAAACCUGAGAGGCAGAAUUUUUAAAACGUUGACUAGAGCAACGGCUAACUUUCCACCUAAUUUAAAUCUUUUUAGCGUUUGGCUAAAUGCAAACCAUAGACUGCUCAUAAACUAUGGAGUUAGCCUUUAGGUCUAAAGAGUGAAGCCAAUGCAGAAUGCGGAAGUGCCUUACGCCUGCAUUCUUUCUAACAGCCAGCAGGGGGCGACUCUCCUGGCUGUCAGAAGAAGCCGAGUUGUAUAGAAGUCCAUAAAAAAAGAACCCUACUUCUACAGUAAAUACUUUCCGAACGGUGGUCUCAAAGGCUACUUUCAAGACUGCUUAAAUGCAGCAUAGCGUUCAUUUUGCAAAUUAUGGUCCCGUUUAGAGUUAAAUAGGAGAUAAAACAAGGCACGUCUUAAGGCGGGGCUACCGGGUGAUUGACAGAUCGCUGCUAUGUCACCAGGCAGUGUCAUGUUUAAUGUCAUCAGGGCCACAGCUUGCUCAUUACGUCUCAUUUAAAUGACUAAGACGGCGACGGCCCAAUUUUAAACUCCACAAACCAGUGAGUGACGUCAAGGUGGAUUUUUCUUUCCCAAAAUGCUCCUUUAAAACCUGCGGUUUAUCAUCCAGCCCUAUGAUCUAUUUAAAAAAAAACAAUAACAACAAAAAAAAGAGUUUGAUGCUGAAGUAUCGAACUGCAAACUUGCACUUUUGUUUUCUUAGUAGUCUGAAGUUGCCUUGAAAACAAAAAUUAAUGUCAACUGUGUGGUGACUAACAUCUCGUCGACGUACAGAAAAGACGCUUUAUUUAAAUGUUGCAGCCGUCCUUUCUCUUUAUUUAUUUCAGUAGGUAAAACUUUGUACUGUACUUCAAUGUUGACACUGCCACAUUACGAAUUUAGGGGGAAAAAAAGCCUUUAUUUUCUAACCUCCCUGUGUUCACCGUCGCCUGAGCUUCCACACCCACACUGUGCUGUCCUAUGUGUGCGCAAAGGUGAAGUGUGAAAUGAAAACGUUUGGUGAGCGUCAAUGUGAUUUUUGUGGCUAUGAACAAUUCUAUUUUAAUAAAAACCAACAGUGGAGUGUA